AAGCCACUGAAGGCGAGCAACCAACAGAAAGCAGCAUCUUGGCUACAGCGUGACACUAACUACAAGGCAUCAUGAAGACUCUGGCUAUCCUCUCCAUCUGUGCUCUUCUGUCAGUGUGCUGGUCCAUGGGAGCUGUUGAACCUGAGGUGAUCGUGGAUCCUGCUGCUGACACAGCUGCUGAUGCUGCACCUGUUGACCCUGCAGCUGCCGAUUCAUCCUCCUCUGAGUCUGAUUCAGCCUCAUCCUCCGCAUCCGACUCGUCCUCAGACUCUUCAGCAUCUGAUUCCAGCUCCAGCUCAGACUCAGCAGCCUCCGAUUCAAGCUCCGAAUCCUCAGAGUCUUCCUCCUCUGAGUCAUCUGAAUCUUCCUCCUCCGAGUCUAACUCCUCAGCAUCCGACUCUGCUUCCUCUGACUCCUCUUCUUUUUCAUCUUCUUCAUCUUCGUCAGAGUCAGCCAGUGCUGAAGCUUCUCAGGUGGUUAUGAAGAGAGACCUGGCUGCUGUUCUCCUGAGGAGAAGAAGAGCUGCAGGAGGCAGCCUCAGCCCUCUGCAGCUGGAAAGCCUGCAUGAAGUCUGUGAGCUGAAUGUUGCCUGUGAUAACAUGGCUGACACCGAAGGCAUCGUCGCUGCAUACACAGCCUACUACGGACCCAUUCCCUUCUAAGUUAAAGACUUUUUUUUGUAAUUCAUCCGCAUGCGGACAUUUUUUUUUUUUUUUUUUUGGUUUUUUUUUUUGUCACUUGACAAUAAUAAUGCAACCACUCCCCCAAAUCUAGUCAAAGAGUAAAACGUAACAAAAGAAUGGGACUGGUCCAUCUUAUGAAACUAGAUGGAGAAUUUAUUAGCUGCAAACCAUGACCAGCAGCAGCUGCCCAGCAUUUAAACGGCCUCCUCUGGGCUUUAAGAGACAGGCACAUGGAAACACCAGCCCGUGAAUGAUGCAGAAGCCCACGCAAGUGUAAAUACUUUAAUUUUUUUUUUUUUUUAUCCUAGAAUAACACAAUGAACGGUGCUAAAAAAAAAAGCAAAUGUAUUGUAUGUUAAUGUACUAAUGUUUUUUUAUAUCAUGCCUUAGUUUUGCUUUAGUGGUAGUUCUAGUGUGCAGUGGAUAUAGUAAUGAGCUGAUAGUGGUGGUGUACAGUAUCUGUAAAACACAUUAGCUAGCUGUAAUGACUGUAAGCACAAAUUGCCUCUGGGUUUGAAAAAAAUAAAUUAUUUUUGUUUUAUCAAAAUGUUGAAUUGUCCUUUAUUUAAAUAAAUAAAUAAGUAACAGCC